UCUUACGUGGCGAAAAAAAAAGCCUAUUAGUGAUGCAAAAGAGCGGGUAGCGUGUCGAACUGUGUGUAGCGUGAAUCGAGUUAUCAAAUCUACAGCAUCACUACAUCAUGGCCAAACCGGAAGAUUACAAAAGGAGAGUUCUGAUUCCUAUGGAUUAUAGCAAACAUAGCGAGGAAGCUCUCAAUUGGUUAAAACUUCCUUCGACCACACCCAAUUUGCUAACUCUUAAGGAUUAUUACAAUCGCAUCUUCAAAGACGGCGAAGACUACCUCACCAUUUUACACGUGUCAUGUCUGCACCCACCGGCCCUGCCACAUGCUCUUGCAACAGAAGAUUGGAGACAAGAGUGUGAAAGGCACGAGAAAAAAAUUACCGACUGGGAACAAAAGAUGAAGGAAAAACUGGAGAAAAUGAAGAUUCCCGCCACAGUGCUCGUGGUGAUGGAGAAAAGCGGGGGUUUAGGGCAUACCGUCUGCCACGUGGCCAAGGAAACGGAGCGACGGAUUGACCUCAUCGUCAUGGGAAACCGUGGGAUGGGUGUAGUGCGUCGCACCAUAUUAGGAAGUGUUAGUGAUUACGUCAUUCAUCACGCACACAUUCCAGUCCUUCUCGUUCCCAAAAAUCAUGGCGACAAGGAAAGUCACGUCCAAUGUCAACAGACGGCGGAGUAGGGGGGAGCCCACCCACGAUUAUACUUUGACAUUGUAAUAACGCACCAUGAAGUAAUUGUAUUUUCGUUAUAGUUUGAUAUCAAAUAAACACACUUGCUUAGCAUGGUC